CGUGCCGCCGUCGCAGCGAGUCGCUCGCCGCCCGCACACAUACCGUCGUCGUCGUCGUCGUCCGUGUGGUAUACGCGCCGUCGAACCGCGUGAAUUUUAUUGCUCCGAUUUUUUUUCCUCCCGACGUCUGUCUGCUUAUACAAUCCAAACGACGACAAAUAUUAUCGUGAAAUGACAUAUUAAUCAACCUUUGGGUGCAAUGUAAAAAGGUACACACUCUGGUUUCCGUCCUAUACCUAUACAAAUUGUGUAUAUAAUAUUAUAAUAUUUUGUUGUUGUAUUGCAUUUAAUACAUACGGAGGAACGAUUUACGCGCGAUCUCGAAAAAACGUAAACAAUAACUCUUUAUUUUUGAAAUCCGUAUUCGCGUUUUGGAUACAUCGCGAUUAUGUUCAUACCGGACUCGCUGCGCAACUACAUGAUAGAACCGGACGUGUCCAACUAUUUGCAGGCACCUUCGUCCAGUCAGGAUGAAUUUCAUCCGUUCAUAGAGGCAUUGCUGCCCAACGUCAAAGCGUUCUCGUACACGUGGUUCAACCUGCAGGCCGCUAAACGCAAGUAUUUCAAAAAACACGAGAAACGGAUGUCACUCGAAGAGGAAAGACGGUGCAAGGAAGAGCUGAUGAACGAAAAACCCGAGGUAAAACAGAAAUGGGCGUCUCGGCUUUUAGGAAAGCUUCGGAAAGACAUAACUCAGGAAUGCCGGGAGGAUUUUGUGCUGAGCAUAACUGGCAAAAAACCGGCUAUGUGCGUGCUGUCCAAUCCCGACCAAAAGGGCAAAAUGCGGCGCAUCGAUUGUCUCCGACAAGCCGAUAAGGUAUGGCGGCUAGAUCUUGUCAUGGUGAUACUGUUUAAAGCGAUCCCUCUCGAAAGCACAGAUGGAGAACGGUUGGAAAAGUCACCGGAAUGCACACACCCCAGCCUAUGCGUGAAUCCUUACCACAUCAAUGUGUCUGUCCGUGAGUUGGACUUGUACUUAGCCAAUUACAUCAAUAGUCACGAAGUCUUAAGUGGAAUAUAUGACAACAACAAUGAAAAAGGCUAUUCGCACAACCCCUAUAACGGUGUGGUAUGCAACGAUAACAUUUUAGCGACCGGAGUUUUUUCGUCCAAAGAACUUUGGAGACUUUCCAAAGCGUCUAUAAUUCAGAAUCCAAACGGUAUGCCACCCAUGAACAUUAUCAAAAUCGAAAACCCAGGGUAUUAUUGCAGCAGCUUCACCCCGCCAGGCGACCACUCAUCUAUCAUGGCAUCUGGCAGUUACAGCCCGAUGUCGAUCCAGAGGACACAAAGCCCGUUAAACGAGCCCAGAAUCAAACGAAUGCGGAGAAUGAGCUCUGCGGAAGAUACAGAAAUCGAUUUAGGCGGCCAAAGGGAUAAAUCCAGUUCGGAGAUCACAUAUUAUGGCCAAAGUCCAGCAUCCCUAUCUAGUCAAACCAGUUGGCACUCUGACAUCGAUCAUGGUAUUCCUGGCCAACACUCAGGAAGCAUAGCAUCCUUAGCGUCUGCCAACUAUUACGGUUCGGCGACAUCGGGACCAGAACAACACAGUCCAGCCAAGUACCCAGAGAAUGGGCAUGAUACGCUUUCGGACUUCGUCACAUUUGUGUGUCAAGAAGCGGAGAGCUCUCAAGGCGCACAGGCGGGACCCACGCGGAGUCCUAAAAUGGCACAAUAUUAUCCGAGCACCAUGCUACCACCUCCCCCUCCACCGCCUAUGGCGCGGCCAGUAGCUAUCAUUCGAUCUACAGGUGAGCUGACCAUUGCUCCGUCUAACUCGCCACCGACUUCCAACACGCCACCGAUGGGCGGCGGAGGUGGCGGUGAUGGAUCGCCGGGUGGCGGAAGAGAUUCCGAUCAAAGUCCGCCGCCGAUGAGUGGUCAACUAUCCGAGUCACAGCUGUCCGGCGGCGGCCGGAGCGUGGUGACCGGCGGCAGCCCGUUUACCGUGUCUACCAACCGCGAUUACCAUUUCUCGCACAUACAACACGGCCAGUUGUUCAGCUAUUCGAACAUUGGCACCGUGAACACGGUAACCGGAGUGAUAAGCCCCACCAACCUGAGCCUGCUAUCCAACCCGGGCGGCAGUCCAUCGUCGUCUUCGGGCGGUGGCAACGGCGGCGGCAGUAGGUCUCGUGGACACUCACAGACGACGUUGCCGCGUUGGAAUACGCAGUGUUCGUCCGGACCGCCAUUCAUCACACUUGACGAGGACUACAUGAUGACGCCACUGAUGUCCGGCAAUGGCGGACAAGGCAAUGGUGCCACACUGAUUGACGAUGACAGAUAUUUUAAUAGUGUAGUUCACCAGACGGACGGUAUGGAUAGGAUGGACACAAGUGAAUCUCAACACAUCCAAUCGUCGAAUUCAGGUGGUCGGAACACCCCGAACUCGGUUGACGGACAAGACAACAUAAGCAAACCGCAGACGUAG